AUGGUUGUGGUCGACCAUGAAGACGCCGACGGGUCACCGAAAGAGGGCUCGAAGGGGUCGAAACGCAAGUCGAAACGCGAGUCGCGACCAAGAUCAGCCGAUGAUGAUGCUGUCAUGGUUGAUGCAGAGCAGGCGCGUGGUGCCCCGGAUGUGGACUUGGGCGCUAUGGAUCCACCAAAGGAACGUCGCCUGAAGCGGUCCAGCACAGCUCCCAAAAAGCAAGAGGUCGGUGGUCUCAUGGGUCUGUUUGGCUCCCUCCGAAAAAAUACACGUCCUGAUCCGCCCGAAAGGCGAAAGUCUCGAUCAAAUCGCGAUGGCGCCUUGACCGAGCCAGAACGUGAUGAGCGGCGUGUCCGACGCGACGAACGCCGCCGCCCAUCAGUGCGGGCUGAUACUGAUGCUGAAGGAUUCACCACAGAUAUAGCCGGGGCCGCCGCUGGUGAAACGGAAGCCGAAGAUCCGGAAGUCCGCAAAGCUGCUCGAAGAGCCAAGCGAUCCUCUCGCCAGGCUCCGUCCGACUCUCGCGAAAUGGAAGCUCGAGAAGCAGAAGAACGACGUGCGAAGCGGAAAGAAAAAGAGCUAGCACGUCAGGCUCGCGAACAAGCCGCUCGCGAGGAAGAGGAAGCUCGACUCCUUGCUGAGAAACAAGCCCGCCGCGCAGCCCGCGAAGAGCGUCGCGCCAAAGAAGAGCAAGCCGCCCGCGAAGCCGAAGCAGCAGCUGAAGCCAAGGCCGCCGAACGUCGCGAGCGCCGUCGUCUCCAUGAAGAAGAAAUGGCCGCUAAGGAGAUGGCCGCCAAGGCCAAACGCCGCCGCUCGCGCGUUGACGAACCUCCUCCUGAAGUUUACCCCGACGAGGCUGAUGAUCGCCGCCGUGGCUCUCGCACAGCAGACGACAAAGACCGUCGCCGCCGCUCGAAGGCUACCCCACAGGAACGCACCCGCGCACCCCUCAUGACUGGUGGCCUCAACCAUGGGAACACAGGCGGGCCGAAGAAAGACAAGAUCUCCUCUUGGGUUUAUAGCCAAUCUGACGACCCGCCGGAUCCUCCUCCCUUUGUGGAAACAGUCAUUGACAUGCCUCCCGCUGCUGCCGCCGCCGCAGACCAAGUCAACGCUCACUCUCUCUCCUCGGACGAGGAAGCCCGUCGCGCCGUCCGCCGUCGAGCCCGCCGUCGCGCCAAGUACGGCGACAUACCAGACGAAGAAAUCGAAGAACUUCGGUCUCGUCGCCAGAGUCGCGUGAAGAGCAGCUCCGGUAGUGGUGACUAUGAGCGUGAUCGCGGCAUGCGGUCUCAAGGGAGUCGACAUGGAGCGCCGCCUAGCUCUGGGGCUAAGAAAUCGAGUUGGUUCAAGAAAAUUUUUUAA